UAAACCGGUACUAUAUUAAAUUUUGUAAUAUAUCCUUGAUCUAUUGGGGUUCAUACCAAAAUGUACGGGCUUCCGAGCCUCGGACGCGCUUCUAAGUAUGUGGAUGUACUGGCUUCAACAAACCGACUUCCCAUCAACGUCUUAAGGCGACGAUUCUCACAAAUUGCACAAAAUAUUGUGAAUGAAGCCUUAGAAACGCCCAAGUCCUUAUAUGCAGCAACUGCUAUCCCCGAUCCUGCAGUACGUGGAGAUCGUCUACCUAAGAAGUACAAACCAGGCUACGAGUCAUGUCGUAUCUUCGAUAACCCUAACAUCAUCGAGGUAGUGCGCAAUGGUGGUAAAGAGACCUUGGGUGACCGUCUGUACCGCUACAUGGACAUUGGUGGCACGCUCUCCAUGUUCAACAGUAGGAAGUACCACAUACUGAGAACACCGGCAGAAAGCAGGAAGGGUCUCAUGUUGUGCACCGAACUGGAACGCAAACAGCUUAUUGUCAUGGAUGCCAUGAUCGCCUGGAUGCUAGUAUACGUUCUAUACCUCUUUGUUCAGCACAAGCGUCAUGUAUAUGACAAACCGCCAAAUGUUGAAGUUGUUCAUCAUGAGUUUAGCGGCAACCGUACGAAGGAUUUCACGUGGCAUGGAAGCAUGUUUUUCCAGUACCCUAAAGGACGUUGCAAGGAAUGCCGCUGGUUAGAGUUGGAAUGUAAAAAGGCAUGUUAUGACAAGCUUCUGAAGGAAGGGCACAAAUUUAUCAUUCACGAGCCUAUGCAGAAGCCGCGUAGCCGCUUGUACCCUAGCCCAUAUCCACCGAGCCAAUCAUGAUCGCAAACAUAUUGAUAAUACGUGCUAAAA